AUGCUCUCCUGGCCGGCCAUGCUGCUGGGGGGCCUCCUCCUCGCCGUGGCCACCGUGACCGUGGCCCAGCGGAGGGGGCAGGAGGUGAGAGAGCGCCGCCUGGCGCACCGUGUCCAGCAUGGUCAGUGCAGCUACACCUUCCUGCUGCCUGAGCCAGAGGCCUGCGCUCCGGACACUGGGACCUUCCGGGGCUCCAACAGCCUCCAGAGAGACUCGCUGAACCUGGUGGCCUGGCCUACCAAGAGGAUGCAACACCUGGAGAAGAUGCUGGAGAACAACACGCAGCGGCUGCAGAAGCUGGAAAGGUACAUCCAGAUGAACCUGAGGUCACAGCUGGCACAGGCGCGACAGCACGUGGUCCAGAACCAGACGGCCGCCGUGCUGGAGCUGGGCACCAGCCUCCUGAACCAGACCACCGCCCAGGCCCACCGGCUGACCGACAUGGAGGCUCAGGUACUGAACCAGACAUCCAGAAUGGAGAUCCAGAUGCAGGAGACUUCACUGUCCACCAACAAGCUGGAGAAGCAGCUGUUCCUGCAGGGCCUCGAGCUCCACCGGCUGCAGGACUACAACAGCGCGCUGGAGAGCCGGCUGCGAGCCCUGGAGACGCAGCAGCAGGCGCAGCUGGCCAGCCUCCGGCAGGAGAAGGAGCGGCUGGGGAGCCUGCUGAGCCGCCAGAACGGCGCCCUCGCCGGCCUCGCACGCAACCUGCGCGCGGCCAGAAGCAACUCCAGCCUUUUGCAGAGGCAGCAGGACCGGCUGCUGGAGUCCAUGAAGCGCCUGCUGCGCACCGUGGCCCUGGGCCCGCGAGAGCAGGUUGUGGCUGAGCGGGUGUUCCAGGACUGUGCAGAGAUCCAGAGCUCCGGGGCCAAUACCAGUGGCGUCUACACCAUCCACGUGGCCAAUAUGACGGAGCCCAGAAAGGUUUUCUGUGACAUGGAAGCCAAUGGAGGUGGGUGGACCCUCAUUCAACGCCGUGCGAAUGGCAGCGUGAAUUUUCAGCGGAACUGGAACGAUUACAAACAGGGCUUUGGCGAUCCAGCUGGGGAGCACUGGCUGGGCAACGAGUUGGUGCACCAUCUCACCAGCAGGGCAGCCUACUCUCUGCGUGUGGAGCUGCAAGACUGGGAAGGCAACGAGGCCUAUGCCCAAUAUGAGCGUUUCCAGCUGGGCAGCGAGGGGCAGCUGUACAGGCUUUCUCUGAGCGGGUACAGUGGCUCUGCGGGGCCCCAGAGCAGCCUGGCCCUGGAGGGCACCAACUUCAGCACCCGGGACGCAGACAACGACAACUGCCUCUGCAAGUGCGCCCAGAUGCUGUCCGGAGGGUGGUGGUUUGACGCCUGUGGCCUCUCGAACCUGAACGGCAUCUACUACGCGGCCGGCCGCCACCUGCGCAAGCUCAAUGGCAUCCGCUGGCACUACUUCCAGGGCCCCAGCUACUCGCUGCGCGCCACCCGGAUGCUGGUGCGUCCCGUGGGCACCUAA